AUGGAGAAAGAAUCCGUGAAAGAUAGGACCGAUGAGCAGGAACCUGAGGUAAAAACGAAUGCAUUUGGUGGCUAUCUGAGAAUCUUUCAUUAUGGCUCAUCCAAGGAGUAUACCUUGCAAGGCAUUGCCACUGCCUGCGCACUUGGUUCCGGUGUUGGCAUGGCUCUCGUCAAUCUGGUCUUUGGCCAGUUUAUCACACUCAUCACCGACUACACGUCGGGUCAUUCAGAUGCUUCAAGAUUCCGAAACGAAGCAGGGAGACUCAGUCUCUACUUCUUCAUUAUUGGCAUUUGCCGAUUCUUUCUCACUUAUGGAUACAGCACACUGUUUACAUUUGCCGCAUACCGGAUCACACGAAAUAUUCGCCGGCUGUACCUGAAAGCGGGACUGAGCCAGGAAAUUGCCUUCUUUGAUUCUGGCAGUAGUGGAUCGAUUGCCAUGCAAGCUACCUCGAACGGACGACUAAUCCAGGGUGGGAUAUCGGAAAAGCUGGGGCUUGUUGUCCAGGGCCUCUCCGCUUUUAUAUCCGCCUUCGUGCUGGCAUUUGUCACUCAGUGGAAGUUGACCCUCAUUUGCUGCUGUAUUGCCCCGGCAAUGCUGCUGGCCCUGGGGAUCAGCUCCACCAUUGAAGCUUCUGUUGAAACAAAAAUCCUCAAAGUUCACGCGCAGGCUGGAGCUUUCGCAGAGAGUAUUUUGUCAAGUUCUCGGAUGGUACACGCGUUCGGGCUUCGAAAUCAACUGCUACGCGAAUUCGACAAGUUCCUGCAAGCUUCGAGAAAGCUCGGAAAUAAGAAAAGCCCUCUUUUUGGCUGCCUGUUUGCCACGGAGUACAGCAUCAUCUUUGCAGGGUUUGGCUUGUGCUUUUGGCAGGGUAUAAAAAUGAUAUCCACUGGCGAGGUGGAGCAAUCUGGAGAUGUUUUCAUUGUCCUCAUGUCCGUUAUUGUGGCAGCUACAAGCUUGACCGCUAUAUUGCCUUACCUGAUUGAUUUUGUCCGCGCUGCGUCUGCGGCGGCAGAGCUAUUCAAGCUCAUGGACCGGACGUCGAGAAUCGAUCCGUUCGACGAGUCGGGAGAAAGACCAACAGAUGUUACGGGAUAUCUCGAUUUUGGUUACGUUUCAUUCGCCUACCCUACGCGCCCUGACGUCAAGGUGUUGAAUGACUUCUCACUGCACAUUCCUGCCGGCAAGAGAACUGCCCUCGUCGGAGCAAGCGGGUCUGGCAAAAGCACUAUCGUUGGGCUGAUUGAACGAUGGUACGACCCUUUGUCGGGAACGAUCAAGCUUGAUGGCCAGCCUAUCGAGCUGUUCAACCUCAAGUGGCUACGCCAGCAGGUUAGGCUUGUUCAACAGGAGCCCGUUUUGUUCGCCGGUACAGUUGCUGAAAACAUCGCCAAUGGCCUUGUGGGUACACCGUGGGAGAAUGAACCCCCAGCCGAGAAGCUGGCCCGGAUACAGGACGCUGCUAAAAUUGCUUUUGCGCAUGAUUUCAUCACGGAACUUCCCAGUGGGUAUGAUACCGUGAUUGGGGAGAGAGGUGGGCUAUUAUCCGGUGGUCAGAAACAACGGGUUGCAAUUGCUCGCAGCAUUGUUUCCAAGCCGCGAAUUCUCCUUCUAGAUGAGGCAACGAGUGCACUUGAUCCUCAUGCCGAGGAAGUCGUUCAACGGGCACUGAACAAUGUUUCGAAGGGACGAACAACAAUCGCCAUUGCACACAAACUAGCCACUAUAAGAGAUGCUGAUAAUAUCGUUGUCAUGGAAAAUGGCCGUAUCCUCGAGCAAGGUACGCAUAACUCCCUUUUGGAAUCGAAUGGGGCAUACGCGCGACUCGUGCAGGCUCAGGAUUUGUCUGUGGCCGCGCAGGACCACGAAGAUGUGUCACAUAGCUCGGAUGAAACAAACGAAGCAGACCAUGUCGCACUGACUGGUGAAUUGACCCGUCACUCGACUAUGACAAGAUCAGCUUUGGAGAAGCAGUUGAGUCGGGAUGAUUUUGACAAUUGGAAAAGAUUGGGGCUACUCCACACAGUCUGGAGAUUGGUGAAAUCGACACCUGAGCUGAAUUGGACUUUUGCGGUUCUAAUUUUGGGUUGUUUAGCUGGAGCUGCUUCUUUCCCUGGCCAAGCUAUUCUGAUGUCCAGGUUCAUCGAAGUAUUUCAGUUCACAGGUGCAGCUAUGCGGACGAAAGGGAACUUUUUCGCUCUCAUGUUCUUUGUUCUGGGACUCGGAGCUUUCGUCGUCUACUUUCUUGUCGGGUGGACAUCAAACGUUGUGGCACAGGUCGUCAAGGACAUGAUGAAGCAAGACCUGCAAUUCUUUGAUCGCACCGAGAACACUACAGGGGCACUGACCAGCCGCGUCGACUCUUAUCCCCAGGCCGUGUUUGAGCUGAUGGGCUUUAAUGUUGCUCUGAUACUGGUUGCAACGGUUGGUGUGUUGUCAUGCUCCAUCCUGGCACUGGUAUAUGCAUGGAAGCUUGGCCUUGUUAUUGUCUUAGCGGGACUUCCACCCAUGCUCGCUUCCGGUUACGCUCGCAUUAGAAUGGAGGGUGCAAUGGACCACAAGAUUUCAAAGCUGUUUUCCGGGAGUGCGUCCAUUGCCUCGGAGGCCGUGUCUGCCAUCCGGACAGUGUCUUCCUUGGCGAUUGAGACGUCGGUUCUGGAGCGAUACACCCACGAGCUUGACCGGGCAAUUGUCACAUCCACGAAGCCAGUGCUUCUCAUCAUGCUCCCUUUCGCAUUCACUCAGACAGUUGAAUACUCUUUCUUGGCUCUCGGUUUCUGGUAUGAUGCUAACUUUCGAGUCAUCUCUAGGUAUGGAUGCCGGCUUGUCUCAUUUGGAGAUAUUAGCAUGGUGAACUUUUUCACCAGUUUCCUAAGUGUGUUUUUUUCUGGCCAGCAAGCUUCGAUCCUUUUUGGCUUCUCAAGUAGCAUGACAAAGGCAACAAACGCUGCAAAUUACAUAUUUUGGCUUGAAGAGCUCCAGCCUACAAUUCGAGAGACCGACGAAAACCGAGAUAUUGGCCCUGGCGACUUCAAGUCUCUGCACUUGGAAAAGCUGCAAUUCUCUUACCCAAUGAGACCCCAUGCUCGCGUACUACGUGGCAUUGAUCUUCAUAUCGAAAAAGGUCAAUUUGUCGCAUUCGUCGGCGCAUCCGGGUGUGGGAAAAGUACGAUGAUUAGCAUGCUCGAACGCUUUUACGAUCCAGUAGCUGGUCACAUCAAAAUUGACGCCUUUACAUUGGAAUGCUUGAAUCCGUGGCUGUACCGAGGUCAAGCCGCACUUGUACAGCAGGAACCCACCCUCUAUCCCGGCACGAUUCGCGAAAACGUCGCCAUGGGGCAACCGACUGAUAACGCGUCGACGGUUCCCGACAGUGAUAUUGAAGCUGCCUGUCGGGCUGCCAACGCGUGGGAAUUUAUCUCUUCUCUGCCCGAUGGCCUUAUGACUCUCUGUGGGGCGAAUGGGACACAGCUGUCUGGUGGGCAACGCCAGCGCAUCGCUAUUGCCAGAGCGUUACUCCGAAACCCACGUUUACUCUUACUAGAUGAGGCAACAAGUGCGUUGGAUACUCAGUCGGAGAGAAUUGUCCAAGAUGCGCUGAAUGAGGCGGCUUCCCAGGGGGAUAGAAUUACGAUCGCGGUUGCCCAUCGCUUGUCGACUAUUCGCCAUGCGGAUAUGAUCUGCGUGUUUGAUGGGGGCAGGGUUGCUGAGUCUGGAACUCAUGAGGAAUUACUGGGGAGAGGCCGACUUUAUCCGAAGAUGUGCGAGGCUCAGAACCUAGGCACUUGA